CACAUUCACCCUCCCCACCCAAACCAAACAUAUCCAGCCUCUCACAGUCAGGAGCUAGCUAAACAGGGAGGGAUCACAGGGAUUCGGGACACUUCAUCCGCUGUUGUCGACACGUAUCUCCACCUGCGUUGACAUUUUUAUUUGUAACGGAAAAUUCGUGACCAUAACGGGGGUGCUGGAUACUGGGAGGACGGCAUGGGAGAGCUCACGGCGUUUCUGCUGUUACUGGUGGCGACCUUGACGCUUUCAUCCGAGGUGCCUGCUGAUGACUCUGUGGGGUUGCUAACUGAGCCCCAGGUGGCCAUGUUCUGCGGGAAGCUCAACAUGCAUAUUAAUGUGCAGAGUGGCAAAUGGGAGUCGGACCCCUCCGGCACCAAGAGCUGCAUCGGCACCAAGGAGGGCAUCCUGCAGUACUGCCAAGAGGUGUACCCAGAGUUGCAAAUCACAAAUGUUGUGGAGGCCAACCAGCCUGUCAGCAUCCAGAACUGGUGCAAGAAAGGCCGCAAGCAGUGCCGCAGUCACACUCACAUUGUGGUGCCAUACCGCUGCCUGGUUGGGGAGUUUGUGAGCGAUGCCCUGCUCGUUCCUGACAAAUGUAAGUUCCUGCACCAGGAGCGUAUGGACCAGUGUGAGAGCCACCUGCACUGGCACACUGUAGCCAAAGAGUCCUGUGGAGACCGCUCUAUGAAUCUCCAUGACUACGGGAUGCUGCUGCCAUGUGGUAUUGACCGUUUCCGAGGGGUGGAGUUUGUCUGCUGUCCGGCGGAGGUGGAGCGAGAGUCAGACAGCUCAGAGCUAGAAGGGGAGGAGUCAGACGUCUGGUGGGGCAGAGCUGAGACCGAAUACUCUGAUAGCAGCAUGUCGCACCCGGCAGACACAGAGCCAGUCACCGCUGAGGGUGAAGAGGCGGAGACUUUUGAAAGGGAUGAAAACGGAGAUGGCGACGAAGAUGAAGAUGAUGAGGAAGAGGAGGACGACGACGAGGACGACGACGAGGAAGACAACGACGUGACCAACGAACGGGAUAGCGAUGAGCACAACGCUAACAUCGCCAUGACAACCACCACCACCACCACCACUGAAUCAGUUGAGGAAGUCGUUCGAGCCGUUUGUUGGGCUCGUGCUGAGUCGGGCCCAUGUCAUGCCAUGCUGGAGCGCUGGUACUUCGUGCCUGAGAAGGGCUGCUGUGUUCCCUUCUUGUUUGGGGGCUGUGGGGGCAACAGGAAUAACUUUGGCUCGGAGGAGUACUGCCUAGCUGUCUGCGGCAGCUCGUUGCCCACCAUGGCCCCUAGUCCUCCAGACGCCGUGGAUCAGUACCUCGAAUCUCCCGGGGACGACCACGAACACUCUGACUUCCAGAAGGCCAAGGAAAGCCUGGAGGCCAAACACCGGGAAAAAAUGUCCCAGGUGAUGAAGGAGUGGGAAGAGGCAGAGCGGCAGACCAAGAACCUUCCUCGCGCUGAUAAGAAGGCUGUCAUCCAGCACUUCCAGGAAAAGGUGGAGGCUCUGGAGUGGGAGGCAGCAGGAGAGAGGCAGCAGCUGGUGGAAACCCACAUGGCCCGGGUGGAAGCUCUGCUCAACAGCCGCCGACGCCUGGCUCUGGAAAAUUACCUUAGUUCCCUACAGGCCAACCCUCCACAGGCUCGUCAGGUGUUGAGUCUGCUGAAGAAGUACGUCCGUGCAGAGCAGAAGGACAGGCAGCACACGCUGAAACAUUACGAGCAUGUCCGCAUGGUCGAUCCCAAAAAGGCUGCACAGAUCCGACCUCAGGUUUUGACCCACCUGCGUGUGAUCGACGAGAGGAUGAAUCAGUCUGUCGGUCUGCUCUACAAAGUGCCCAGUGUGGCGAAUGAGAUCCAAAACCAAGUCUCUGUGAUAAUGCAGAGAGUUCAGUCUGAGCUGUCUCAGCAAGUCUCUUCCCUGCAGAGCGAUGGGCGGGUGGACGGCAGGGUGAGUUACGGUAACGAUGCUCUGAUGCCUGAUCAGGCCUACAGCUCUGCUCCUAUGGACGCUGGCCUGGACGGACUGGGCUUCAUCCAUCCUGAGAGCUUCAACCAGGCCAACACAGAGAACCACGUUGAGCCUGUGGAUGCUCGUCCAAUUCCAGAUAGAGGACUCCCCACGCGACCUGUAUCUGCCCUGAAGCCAGAGGAGAUGCCAAAAGUGCGGACGGAGACUGAAGAGGGGCAAAGUGCUGGUUAUGAAGUUUACCAUCAAAAACUGGUGUUUUUCGCUGAGGAUGUGGGCUCCAAUAAAGGUGCCAUUAUUGGACUUAUGGUUGGAGGGGUUGUCAUAGCAACUGUCAUCGUCAUUACCUUAGUGAUGCUGAGGAAGAAACAAUAUACUUCUAUUCAUCACGGUGUAAUUGAGGUGGAUGCAGCAGUGACACCAGAGGAGCGUCAUCUGGCCAAGAUGCAGCAGAACGGUUACGAGAAUCCCACCUACAAAUUCUUCGAGCAGAUGCAGAACUAAAGAACUGCUCAACAUUUUCUCCAGACGUACCCCCACACUCUCACUCGUAGUGUCUGUUCCAUUCUGGUCCCUUGCCCUCAGCCCCUACACCCUCACUUUCUCGCCCUGUUAAAGGCAAAGGCGUGAAGAGUACUGCAAAGGCUGAUUUUUAUCUUGUUUUGAAAGUUGGGAAAAGAUCGGUGAAAUCUUUGUAUCAGUUAAUGUCUCAGUCAGGGGUUUGGGCUUAAUCCCUGAUCCCUCGAUUGUAAAGAGCCACUUGAGCUCACAUUUAGCUGCCAUUGAUCAGACAAGGGUACCCUGUUUCACCUGCACUUUUCAGCCAAUCACAACACAAACAUCCUAGUGUUUUUACUGAAAAACCCUGUUGACGAUUUAUAGCAAGUCUCUGAGACCAAAAACGUGUAAAUCCAAGCAGUGUAAUUCCCAGUCUCUCCCUCAUCGCCCCAACUGUUCCAUUUUCCUCAAACUGCUCCACUCAUCCCCCUCUCCGUAAACAGCUGUGCUGUGUUUGCUGACAUAACAGCUCUUAGAGCUGGCAAUGGCAGGAGGGGCUCUCAGAGCACCUCCUCGCACAAUUAAAGCCCAACUGUUUCAGGUUUGUUUUUCAAAAAAGGAGAAAAAAACUCAGAAAAAUGAUAUGUAAUCAACAUAUGUAAAAGUUGAAGAUUAUUGAAUGUUUUGUUUUCUGAUUUUUUUUAUGUGUAAUAUAUUAAGACGGCGAUUAGCUGUAAGUAUAUGUAGUGCAUGGCAAUGUUGAUGACAAAUACAGUAUACUGUAUGUUGAGGUCCUCGGGAACGGUCCUCUUACCAGAUAUUUUAGCAGGAUUGUACAUUUCUAGUGUCUUCUUUGUGAUCUUGUGAUAUGAAGAAGAGAGUAUUCAGAACCCAGUCUGCUUUGUCACACAGACUUGCUUUAACUGAAUCUUGGCUCAUUACGCUCAUCUCCAUGCUUCACUGUUGUGUUAGCUGCAUGGGCAAAAUGCUCUAUAUGUACAGUAAUAUAUGAAGUGUAAUAGUAUCCGAAAGGAAGACAAUUUUGUUACUGUUUGCGUUCUAUGCACUCUGUCAUAUUGGAAGUCUGAUUAUCACCAAAUAUUGCUGUUAAGUCCCUAAUGCUAAUUCACCCUAACGCUGCACACUGGGUUUUUGUAAAACGAGGAGGUCAAAAUUCAGAAAGGAUGUUUUCUGAAAGUGUAUCAUUCCAGAUUUAUCAUUCCACUCUCUUUUGAUUGUAAAUAUUUGGAAGAUCAAAAUCCGACUCUGUUGCCCAGUUUCAUUAUCAAGCUCCACUUCUCAGUUUUCUUCCCCCUUGUUCAUGUGUUCUUCCGUCUUUCCUUCUAAGUCCCAUUUGUCCCGUUUACCCUCUCUUUUUGGCCGUGUCAGCAAUAUUGUACAGCGCAGCUUUUGGGAGUAUUUGUUUAAAAGACGGGACUUGUUUGGCCCACAAGGAUCAAACGUUUUCUCCUCUUCACACACAUUCCUUCACGAGAUCUCACAUGCACAUUCUAUUUUUCUACAUUUCCUGUCUGAACAAGUGCAGUGCUUCUGUUUGUCCUGUGAUGGAUAUUUCUUUGCCAUAUCUGUUUUCAAGACUCUUAACAGUCCUCAUGAGGAUGACCACAACUCACAUCAGCAUAGAGACACAUUUCCCUCUCCCUUAACUAAGUUAUUAACACCACCUCCAGUUAACAUGAAUGUGACAUGCAUAUUGUGCUUUUAUACCAUAGAAAUACAACACAUAUCACUUCUCUACACAUUAUGUCCGCACGCGUAGUGUACAGACACACUAAUUGAAGCUCUUAAUCAGGUCAAUGUUUAAAAUUUGUAUUGAUGCUCACUCUGGGUGUCUUUGGAGUCUUGUGUUAAAAAAAAGGUGCUUUUUUUUCUUCCUUUCAUUGAUUCAGUGACCCUCUGUGUAGUUACAUGAACCAUUUGCUUAGAGUAAGAAAAAGCUUUCUACACUCACUAUACCAUGAAUAAAAUUUUGAAUGUA